AUGAUUAACAAUUUUAAAUCGCCCCCAUCGAAUGACCCGAUUAAGAAGUUGCAGAACUUACUGAACAACUGCCUCUACUCCGUCGUCGACGUUCUGAGCACUUUAUCCUACCAAGGGGAGCCCAAGGAGCUGGAAGUUGUUCCAGAGGAGGAGAGCGAAUAUGCGUACUUUGUGAACUUGCUCAAGGAAAGGGCCGCCGAGAUUAGGCAGAAGCCGCGGGAGAAUGAGGAAGCGGUAGAACAAGUACAGGCGGUGGUGAAGGGGGAGGUAGAAGAGAAGGUAAAAGAAGAAGUAAACGAUGAGGUAAAGGAGGUCAAAGUAGAAACAAAAGAGGAACAUGAUGAAGAAGUGAACGAAUAUAAGGAUGAAGGACACGAAGCGAAAGACGCGGCGGACAACCCUACGGGGGAGGGUGACCAGAAAAAGGACAGCGAAACGGACGAAUCGGAGGACCCUUCAAGUGAAGAAACGAGCGAUCGGUCGUACUCAGAGUCAAGCGGUUCAUCGGAUGGACAAUCAAACGAUGACACCACAGACAGAAAGGAGACGGACGAUGAGCAUACGCAACGCUCCUGGGAGGAAGGACCCCCCAAAAAAUAUUUCGUGAAACCCUAUUUUGAGGCCCCCCUGCAGCAAGAAAUCCUAGACCGGGUGGAACGAAUGAACUUGAUUUUAAAAAUGAUAGACUCUUGCAUAGAGGAGCUGCCCGAUUCGUUAAUGAACGAAGAAGAGAAGUGCCAGGAAAUGAAGGCGUUGCAGAAAAGGAAGGAUGAAUCCAAGGAGGAGUUAAAACAGCUCUACAGCGAAUACGACGCCAUCUACAGUUACGUCACGGAUAACCUGCGGGACAUUAUUAUAAACACGGAGUGA